UGUGUUGCACUUCUGUCGUCAUCGUCCGAUCCCAUAGCCACCUUGGACCCUGAAAAUAUGAUGUUGCCAUGUUGCCGAGCUUCGGCGGUCUACACAGCCAGACAGCUAGCUAGCUAGCUACCCGAAAAGGUAGUUGCAUCUAGCUGUAACCAGGUGUAUCCCCCAAAUUCCCCAAGCCUGGUGUAUCAUGACUAUUUAUUAAUAAGGCUUGGUGGAAGCCUCGGCGCGAGAAUGAGCUAUUUUGUUUUGGCUUUUAAACGUGACCUGUUCCAACAUUCCGAUAUAAAGACAAAGACUGUAGACAUCCUUCACUAGCCGUCUACUUGAGUAUAUUACUUGCUCAUACUCGUACUCUUUCCAUACCUACAUACACAUAUAUCCAUACAUACGCACAUCCACAUAUACUCUAUACCUACCACUAUAGAGCCAAUUCUCAAGGGACGAUACUUUUACGUCACAAACUCACUUGCUACAACACUUAACUUGAUAGCAUCCACAAUGCUAUCCACCUACCUCCAAAACGAGUCGCGAAGGUGGGCAGCUCAACACCACCGACAGAGCUACCCCGCUUCCGCAUCUCCCUCCCAGAACGAGUCUAGCAACCUCUCUAGCUACGAAGACAGCGACUGCGAUUCCGUCUUUUCGAGAACCAGCAGCCGAUCUAGGAGGUCCUCGGUCUCGAGCAUAGCGUCCGAGGACGAAGAAGCCCCGGUCGCCUUCGACCAGCCGCGAGAUCUAAACGGCGCCCCUAUCACCAUGUACGCGUCGCUAGACCAGGCCGUGGCCCAGAGCACGCAGAUGCUUGAAGCGGAAGGCCCGCGGCGGCUAGUCACGCCGGGGAAGCUAUAUGAGAACGAGGAAGACGAUGAUGAGAUCAUUGAGGAUGAUAUGAUGAUGCAUAAAAAUAGCGGCAACAUAUCAACUCAGCACUACUCGGGCGGCCUUACCCACACCAGCUCCUCGAGCAUGGCUGCCGCAGGCUGAGCAGGGGAAUGCGAGACGAAAAGGAAAAAAAGAUUAAUCAAAAAUAAAAAACGCGCCAAGCUCGACAUUGUUCUAUCAUAUUAAUUGUAUUGCGACAACGCACGUCUUGGCAUAGUCUUGGGAUUCUUGAGAUUUGGGGGAAUAUUGAUUUUUUUCGGUAUAACUAUAAGCCAAGACGAAAGCUUGGAAAUAGGCGUUUCGGGGAACCUGUAGCGAUCUACGAUGGGAAAGGACGGGCAAUGGUGGCGUUGUAUAAGUUUCGGAAAGGGCCGAUGCUAAUGUUUUUUUCUAAUGUGGAGGGUGCAUGUGAGCAAUCCAGGAGAAUACCAAGAUACCCAGAAAUAUGAUAACGACGCCAUCUCAUCUCUAUCGAAAUUGAUUUGCAUUGUGUCUUCGUGC